GCCCCCCACAGAACAACAUGAAGACGGGCCCACCACCAGCCAAACAAAGAUGUACGUCCUACUCCAUUGUGACCAGCUCCAAUACUCCAGACAAAUGCAUCAACCCCAAAGAAAACUCAAAGUCUAAGACCUCUUUAAAAAUGCUGAUCAAAUCUUCAGACAAUAAAGUUUCAAAAACAUUUCAAGUUUUGCCUACCCCAAAACCUUUCCAGAAUGGUCAGAUGGUGUCCAUCACAGUGAAUUCCAACUUGUUUGAGCGGAUGGGGUCUCUGACCAAGCAACCCCUGCAAGAACCCCCUGAGGUCACGGCUGAGGUCACGACUUUUAGUCUUCAGAAAAAAUCCAACCAAAAAAAGGUAAAAAUCAAAGACAUUGCCAAAACCACAACAAAUGGUACAGACAUCCAAACAAUUAAACUUGGUCAUGAGACAGAGUUGAAGAGUGACAAAAUAACACCUACAAAUGGCAUCAAGGCAGGUCUGUCCCACAGAGCCAAUAAAGGUGCUGAUCUUGAUGCUAAAACAGAUACGAAAUUCACUGAUUCCUUCUCAGACAAUUCAAAAAAGGAGGAUUUAAAAGAUGAUGCGAAAAUAAUCUCAGAGACUGAUAUUAGUAGCCAGCCAGUAGUCAAAUGUGACUCUCCUACAAAGUCUAGCUCGGAUAAAAAGUGCUUCAUAGAUACAAAUUUAAACCUCGGUUCAAAAUGUGAGCCUGCUAUAAAAAUGGACACUGAAAGAAAAUGUGAAAUGUCUAUAAAAACAGACUCCAGCCCAAAGUGUGAGGCGUUGACCAAACAGGAAUGUGUGAAACAAACGGACCUGGAAACAAAAUGUGAUGCUGAUUUGAAGUUGAGUCCCAGCUCUAAAUCUCCUCUUGCUAGUGUUAAAGAAGAGGGGACCCCUAAACGAGUUCUUCUCCAGGUUGUCAAUAAAGUGGGGAUUGGGAAAAAGGAGAAUGAGGUAGACUUGAAAGAGAAACAGCCACUAAUUGUAAGUAAUGACACAAAAGACGCAGAUUCAGUUAAAAUAAAUUUCCAGAAGUUACCAGAAAUAGGUACGGAUGCUGAUGUCAAGCCAGACAAUGUUGAUGCCAAGAAAUCUCUGCCUGUUGUUGUCUGUAAUGGGGCCCCAGAAACAUUAGACCCAGGCCCUAAAGACUAUUCUACCAAAGGUGAACAUCAUUAUUGUAAUGGAACAUCCGCAAUGGAUUUGAGCUCCAAGUCUCAAGUGGUCAAUGCCAAGAAAUCUGAUGAUGGGAAUUCCAUCAGCAGCCCAAAGUGUGAAGAAGAGAAAGAGUUAAAGAGCUCCACUGCUGAUUCUACUUCUGCAAGUAAGUCUACACCAGGUUGUAAUAACCAGAAAGUACACUCCAUCUCUAGCCAAAAGUCCUCAGACCCUAAGGUUGGGGGCGUGUCCUCAGCACAGCUGUUGAAAGCCAACGCCCCCACCAACAGUGUGAGGUCACUUCCUGUUACCUGCACUAUCUCUUCCAUUGUCACAGUGCCUUCUGCACCCAGCAGAAGCCCCUCCCACUCUGUCAUCUCAGUACCAAUCAUUUCAUCUACCACAAACACUGCCUCUGUCUCAGUGGCCGGAACCUCGUCACUGCCACAUAACUUAACCACUUCGUGCACAACGUCUACUGCCAAGUCUUCUGUCACUAUGACAACGACAGCCUCAACUAACCAGUGUAAAGCCACAGACCUAACAAAGCCCAAAUCACAGACAGAGAACAUUGUACCUGUUUCUAGUGCACCUGUUUCUAGUGCACCUGUAUCCAGUACACAUGUAAACAGUACACCUUCAUCAAGUGCACCUGUAUCUGGUACACCUGUAUCCAGUACACCUUCAUCAAGUGCACCUGUAUCCAGUACAUCCGCAAACAGCACACCUGUGCUAUGCUCACCUGUACCUAGUACACGUGUAUCCACGCCUGAUAUUAUCUUCCCAAUCAAGUCACACCAGCACAGCAAAACCCCCCCAGCAUCCAGCCCAACCCCCAAGUCAAGCUUCAUCAACACUGGUCUGGCCAGCCUUGACAACACCUUCCUCAUCACACCCCAGAGAGACACGGCUGCCUUAACAACAUCACACAACUCCCCCAAACCUGAAUCAUCUGCCAUCAAAUCUUUCCCUGAAGAAGUCAAGCUAGAUAACUUCCUCUUUGACACCAAACCAUCAGAGAGGAUUUCCCCAGAGUCCUCCAUCACUACAACAGCCAAGCCUAGAAAUGAGCAUAUCCUCAGUGAGAAACCUGUGAAGAGGGUAGAACCCCAACUGACAGCCAUGCACCAACUCCCAAAGACAAUCUCCCAGAGUUCCAAACCUUACUCAGUGGCCAGGUCUGUCAGCGUGUCUUCCCACUCCAAGCUCAACAACAACAUCAUCCAGACCACCAAGAUCAGCACGCUGAUACCCAAGUCCAACUCCGUCACAUCCAAGUCCAGCAUGUAUCCCAAAUCUUCAGCAUACCCUUCCACGAUAAACAACGUUCCAUCACCCAGAGCUUUCCUGAACCCGGUGAUGCCCUAUCAGAUAUCCAGACCAGAGCUAGCAGUAAACGGCAGUUCUGAGUAUGACCAGACCGUGUCACCUAAAGGACCUUCGUCCAUGUCAGUCAAGUCAGCCUCUCACAGUAAAACUUCACUUACAAAACAUGCAAAGGAGGUUGAGAGUAAGGCUGAAAAAACUAAAACAAAAAGUAUCCCUCCACUGACCAUCCCAAAAUCCACCUUAGUGAGCACGACAUUAAAACUACAGCGGUCACCUGGAUCCACUGACCAUUACAUAUUUGCUCCACAUAGCCAUUACUCCUCAUCCAGUCAUUCAAACGGGGACCGACCCAAGCCUAAAGAAAAACAUGCAGCAUCUCGCACCACGUCUUCAGCAGCCGCUGCCAAAAGAGGUGUCUACAACGGUGAAAGGCAAAGGGUCCCCACUAUAAAAAUCUCUGACAUCAACAGAAACCCAAUCAUUGUAGAGAGCGGCAGCAGCGCUCCGCUCUACCGGAACCAGGCGCACAGCAGUCCCCGUUUGUCCAUGGCUGAGAAUGGACGCAACCAUUCCAGAACUGGCAGCGAUUCCAGCCUGCCUAACGGCACGACUGAUAGAAUAGCAAGAGAUAGCCGGCGUCCAUCUCAGUCUGAGCUACUGUUGAGUCAACACUGGCGGACCUACCAGGCCGCUGACCUUCUGUUCAAUGGUUUCAAACUGCCAGCCCAUGGCAAGUUCCAUGACCUGCAUUACGACACGGAUGCUAUGCCACUGGACUAUUCGCAGUCCUCAUCCAAAUCAUAGCUGGCUACACACUGUUGUGAUGUGUCAAAGUCAUUCAUAUCUGGCUACCCACUUGUGUGAUGGUCAAAUUCAUUCAAAUCUGUCUACACACUGUUGUGAUGCAUCAAAUUCAUAGCUGGCUAAACAUUUUGUGAAAGCAAUUUUUUCUCUUAGCUGUAAAAUCUGAGUCAACAAAAAAAAUUGUUUUUUUUUUGUCUUUACUCAAAGGAUUACUAAAUAUUGUGACUUAUUCCCAAAAGGAUUACUAAAAAGUGAAACUGUUUCCAAAAGGAUUAAUAAUUAUUGUGACCAUAUUCCCAAAAGGAUUACUUAAAAUAUUGUAACCAUAUUCCCAAAAGGAUUACAAACUAAUUUGACUGUUCCCAACAGGAUUACAAAUUAUUGUACUGUUUGAAAAAGGAUAAAUAACUGUUGUGACUGUUUCCAAAAGGAUUUACAAACUAUUGAGACCAGAGUCCAUUUUCCCAAUGGAUUAUAUUGUGAUAGUAUUAUUUUGUUCAUGUUUCCUAUUACCUUAUUUAUCUUAUUUUUAGACUCUGUUCUUAAUCAGAAUGUGUUACGUACAUUUGUAUGUAUGAAUUAUGUACAUUUGUACGAAUCUGGAGGUGUGUCCAAUAUACCAUUGUACAAUAGCUGAACAAUGCUACCCCAGGUACUCAAGGGUUACAGAUUGGAUUGUUUCAAUAAUUAACAACCAUGUGAUUUAAAUCCAGCUAACAUUUAGCUGUGAGGUUGCAAAAAAAAAAAAGAAAUCUUAACUGGAAGAUGUGUGAACUAUAAAAACUUUUUGGCUAGACCUUGUAAUUUUUAUCUGGCAUCCCAAUUAUUUUUUUUUCUAGUGUAGCUUGUACUUGUAGCUUCAUGUAUUGUGUGACUAAAUAUUAUAUUUAAGCUUUCUCCUAUUGGAGGAAAUUUGUUGUGAUUUUUGCGUUGACUUUUUGACAGAGGUUUUGUUAGUGUAAAAUAUAAAUUCAAAAUCUAAUAUUAACAAGUUAUAUGCUGCAAGAUUUAAGACUGCACUACUGAAGCUAGUGUUAUUUGUGGUCACUGUUUACCAAUAUUUCUCUUUCCUCUUUUAGAUAAUUCACAUAUUGCCAUAAUUAUUUCACAUUUAAUGCAUGAGGUGGGUUUUGUCAUUCUCUGUUAAAUAUAUUAGAUCUAGAGUCUAAUGGUUUUUCUGGCCUGCUCAAUUCUGUUUUUUUUUCUGGCCAAUCAAUUCUGUUCUGGUCUUCAAUCUGUGUUUCUGACCUACUUAUUUAACCUAACCGGUUAAAGUAUUUAAAAAAAAAAACAUCCUAAUUUUUUUUAAAAAGAUAAAAGUGGCUCAUAGUCAUAGCCUUUCAAAACAUAGGUCAUGGCUUUGUCUUUAGUAAGGAUUCAAGUAGGUCAUUUCUCGACCAACCUAAUUUAACCUAGGUCACCACUUUGUCUACAUUAAAUCUAGGUCAGAGUUCGACCUACAUAAAGUUUAAAUUAGGUCACCACUUUGUCUACAUUAAUCUCAGUCAAAGUUCGACCUACAUAUAGUUUAAACUAGGUCACCACUUUGUCUACAUUGAAUCUAGGUCAAAGCUCGACCUACAUAUCUAGGUCUUACCCUAAAGUAUUGAAACUUGUCACAGUUUAACCUACAUUUAGCACUGUUGACCUGGCAGGUUUAAAUAGGUCACGCAAACUUAAACAAAAGUAGGUCAUGUUUUAGAUCGUGGUCUAUCAUUUACCAAAGAAACUUAUCCAAACAUCUGAUGAAUGAAUGAAGACAUGUAAUUUUCUGUACAUAUCUUGUAAUUUAUUUUUGGUGCUUUUUCUUCUUGACACCCUAGAUUUGUUUUAAUUUAUUUAUAACAGAUACAGAAACAUCACUAGUAAGUGAGGUCGUACAUCUAUAAGGUGUUUUAAAUCAGAUUUUUAAUUGAAACAAUCCGGUUGGUAUUUAUAUUUUACUCUGGCAAUCUGAUUUCAAGUAACAUGGUUGUUCUGUAUGGACCAUUCCAUCUGCAAUAUUCAUAUCUUCAAGACUAACAAACCAUCAAGUUCCAAUUUGUGCUUAGUCAGCAUUGUUCCAUGGAUUUGAUAGAAAAAAAUUUAAGCCUGCAUGGUUCAGUAGAGCUAGAAGGUGCUUUAGUCCCAUUUCGAUAUUAUAAUUUAAUACAAGAGAAGCUCUUUCAUUUUAUAGAUUGGGCAAUGGCAUUUAGUGAAUUAUGGUAUGGCAUUUAGUUCAAUUAUAAUUAAAAGUUUAGAGUAUGGCAGUUUGACGAGAAAUGGCAAUCUACUCACUAGUUUUUACAAAUAGUCAAUAUAUUUUUAAUUAUUUAAUGAAAAAUUGAUUUUUUUUCUGUAAAUGUGUAGUAGUUAUGUAGUUUAUUUACCACUAAUGCAUGAGUUAAUUGUUGUGGGUUUGGGUUAGUGUUUUGUUAAGCAUUAUUUAAAAAAAAAAAUAUUUUGUAUUCGCUGCAAUUUAGCGCAGCAGAAUACUUUAAAAUCUAGUGCUGUUCUGUGCGGAUUUAUGAUGUUCGUGGGCCACAAGUAGCUGUUGAGCUCAUUCAUACGUCACACGUUAUGACCCCUGCAGAUAUUCAUAUACAUUCUGGAGCUUACAAUCCGAUUCAGUUACGGUCCCCAUGAUCAUAUUUCAGACUACUGCUUGGUACGAUCCCUAUAUAUUUACAGCUCAUACUUUGGAUAC